GAAAAUAUGAUAUGAUAUAUAAUGAAUUGAAUUGAAUUGAAUUGAAUCAAUAGGACACUGCCAUCUAAAACUGCCUAAUUGGAUUUCUGUAAUCUCAUAAUUCAUAAUAGUAAUAAUAUGGAUAAGAAUAGGAUCAUUUUCCUUUUUGUACUAUACUAUUUCCAUUUCCAUCUUUAUCUUUUUCCUUUUCCAUGGAUAAAAUAAUAUGAAAUGAAUCUCAUCUCAUCUCAUCUCAGAUAACUAAUUGGAAAAAAACCAAUCUUUGGUUUGGACAAAGCAAAGGACAAUGGCAGAAACUCUUCUAUCUAAGGCUUAUCCUCUCUUUAACAAUAGACCCUUUUAUGUUAAAUCUACUCUCAAUCCAAGAGGAUUGAUAUUCCAUCACCAUCAUCAUCGUCAAGGCCUUCAGACUAGUGAUUGGUAUAGCAAUAAUAGUAAUAGGUUGAGUUGUAAAUGUGAUAGAAAAAUAAGAGAGAAUAAAGUUAGUUUGAUGAUUGAGGAUGAAGCUUGGAAUUUACUAAAGGAAUCCAUUGUAUAUUACUGUAACAAUCCCAUUGGUACAAUUGCUGCUGCUAAUGAUCCCAACACCACAACAACUCUUCUCAACUAUGAUCACAUCUUCAUUCGUGAUUUCAUACCUUCUGCAAUAGCUUUUCUUUUGAAAGGAGACUAUGAUAUUGUCAAGAACUUCAUACUUCACACCCUUCAAUUACAGAGCUGGGAGAAAACUAUGGAUUGUCACAGUCCUGGUCAAGGCCUCAUGCCUGCAAGUUUCAAAGUCAGGACUGUUCCACUAGAAUUGGAAGGUGAUGAUUAUGCAACUGAAGAUGUGUUAGAUCCCGACUUUGGGGAAGCUGCAAUCGGUCGUGUCGCCCCAGUUGAUUCCGGAUUGUGGUGGAUUAUACUACUAAGAGCAUAUGGAAAAAGCUCUGGGGACCUGUCAGUGCAAGAGAGAGUUGAUGUCCAAACAGGAAUAAAAAUGAUUUUGAAGCUGUGUCUUGCUGAUGGUUUCGAUAUGUUCCCGACAUUGUUGGUCACGGACGGCUCUUGCAUGAUAGAUCGUCGUAUGGGAAUUCACGGCCACCCUUUGGAGAUUCAGGCAUUGUUUUACUCGGCUUUGUUGGGUGCUCGGGAAAUGCUUACACAAGAGGAUGCAUCAUCAGCUGACCUCUUAGAGGCUCUUAACAACCGUCUAGUUGCUCUAUCGUUCCAUAUCAGAGAAUACUAUUGGAUUGAUUUGAGGAAACUGAAUGAAAUCUACAGAUACAAUACAGAGGAGUAUUCCUAUGAGGCUGUCAACAAGUUCAACAUCUAUCCUGAUCAGAUUCCCUCCUGGUUGGUGGAGUUUAUGCCGAGUAAAGGAGGCUAUUUCAUCGGAAACCUGCAGCCGGCUCACAUGGACUUUCGUUUCUUUUCUCUUGGAAACUUAUGGUCUAUUGUGAGUAGUAUUGCAACACUUGAUCAAUCAAAUGCCAUAUUGGAUCUCAUUGAAUCAAAAUGGUGUGAACUAGUUGCAGACAUGCCUCUCAAGAUAUGUUAUCCUGCUCUUGAAGGACAGGAAUGGCGAAUCAUAACAGGAAGCGAUCCCAAGAACACCCCUUGGUCUUACCACAAUGGAGGUUCUUGGCCAACAUUACUUUGGCAGCUUACUGUGGCAUCUAUAAAGAUGAAUAGACUUGAAAUUGCCAGAAAAGCCAUUAAGGUCGCUGAAAAACGUAUUGCUAGUGACAAGUGGCCUGAAUAUUAUGACACCAAGCAAGCGCGAUUUGUUGGAAAGCAGGCACGCCUAUUUCAAACUUGGUCGAUCGCUGGAUAUCUUGUGGCAAAGCUCCUUCUUGCCGAUCCAAGUGCAGCAAACAUACUUGUGAAUGAAGAAGAUUUGGAGCUCGUGAAUGCGUUCUCUUACAUGAUCAGCGCUAAUCCGAGGAAAAGGCGUGCAUUGAACAAACAUAGCUUUGUUGUAUGAAAGUGCAUGUGUGUUUAAUGAGGUUUUAUAGUGAAGAGAGAUGCCUCAACAAUUUUGAGUAAAGUUGCAUCCAAGACAUAAGAGUUGAAAUUAUAGAAAAUUCAAGAUUGAGUUCA